AGGAAAUCUUAUGUGCAAAAAAUUGGGUUAGAUGUUUUGAGAUUUUGAUGAAGGUGAGGUACAACUGGCAUUGUGGAAAUUUGGAUUAUCCAUGUUGAGGAAGGCAGGGAAUUCAAUAGUGACCAAGUUCAAGAGAGGGUGGAAGAAAUCAGCGCAAAGUUUGGCUGACUUGGCCGGGUCUGCACGGCAUACCAACAACCCCUUCCCCAUGAAGUCUUUAUCACUAGCGCCGCUACCAUCUAUGCUUACAAUACAAAACAACAAUCUUGUUCGUAAGCAUAUCUGUUGGCGACAGAAGAAGGAAGCCAGAUCAAAGAAGGAAACUGAAUCCCUUUGGGAUUCGGUUUAGUAUCUUUCCUAGUUUGCUUAGUUCUUGUUAUAGUAGGAAUAGAAAUAUGGUAGGAAU